GGUUGACACACUUUUGUGGAUGUCGUUGUAAAAUUGUAAUCCCUCUCAACCAAAAGCAAAAACCUUAUCCUGCGCUGUGUCUGACUGAGCUCAUGGCCAUGGCUCUCACUCUUUCUCACGCGAUGUCUCGCUUGUCUCUCUUUCAUCAAAACUCUCAGAUUCCUCCCAACACCAACACUACUACAUCCAUUCACCCACUGAGAUUCCCAAAGCCUAAUAAUGACCUUUUAACGCUCAAAACUACUACUUUCAUUCCCAAUAAUACCCAUUACGCCCCUCUCCUCACUCGCCCACGCGCCACUGCUCAACCUCAAUCUGAAGGCAUUGUGACAAAGAAGGGACAGCAGGAUUCUUAUGCAGAAGCACGCGCAAUUGGUCGAUACAUACCUAUGUCUGCUAACAAAGCACGAAGAGCAAUUGAUCAGAUUCGCGGGCGUUCCUAUGAGGAAUCACUUAUGAUACUGGAACUCAUGCCUUACCGAGCAUGUGAUCCCAUUCUCAAAUUGGUUUAUUCUGCAGCAGCAAAUGCUAGUAAAAACAUGGGUUUGAAUGAAGCAAGUUUAAUAGUUAGUAAAGCUGAAGUCAAUGAGGGUCCUACUAGGAAAAAAGCUAGACCUCAAGCUCGUGGAAGAAUUCAUCCCAUCAGAAGGCGCUCGUGUCAUAUUACUGUUGUAUUGAAAGAUACAUCUUUGUGAUUAUGAAAGGCAUGCAACUCAACUUUUAAUACCAGUUCAACCUGAGAUGUUCGGCUUGUAAUGUUGAAAGACAUGCAACUGUUGUAGAUUCUGUAGGAACUUUAGAAGAACUGUAAUCCAUGUUUUUAAACCUAUCAUAUCUGCUGAAUUAUUUUGCAAAAUUGCAUAACCAAAAUGUGAUUCAACAAAAAUUGCUCAAA